AUGUCGAUCGUCUCGCUCUUGGGUGUUCAGGUCCUGAACAACCCCGCCAAGUUCACGGACAAAUACGAGUUCGAGAUCACCUUUGAGUGUCUUGAAUCCUUGGAGAAGGACCUUGAGUGGAAGUUGACCUACGUUGGCUCGGCUACCAGCGACCAGUAUGACCAGGAGCUCGACAGCCUGCUGGUAGGACCUGUCCCUGUCGGCGUCAACAAGUUCAUCUUCGAGGCCGAUGCGCCUAACACGUCCCGAAUCCCCGACGCCGACAUUCUCGGCGUCACUGUGAUCCUUCUGACCUGCGCCUACGACGGUCGUGAGUUCGUUCGCGUCGGCUACUAUGUCAACAACGAAUACGACUCGGAGGAACUCAACGCGGAGCCCCCUUCGAAGCCCAUCAUUGAGCGCGUCAAGCGCAACGUCCUUGCCGAGAAGCCCCGUGUGACCCGUUUCGCCAUCAAGUGGGACAACGAGGCUUCCGCCCCCGCCGAGUUCCCUCCUGAGCAGCCCGAGGCUGACCUUGUCGCCGAUGAGGAAGAGUAUGGCGCUGAUGAACGUGAGGAAGAGGAGGCCGAUGUCGCUCUCGACAGCGGUGCCAACGGCGAGAAGCCCGCUGGCGAGGAUGCCGAAAUGGCUGGCGUUGAGAACGGUGAGGGCGAAGCUGCCCCAGUUGAGGAGGACGAGAUGUCAGACGACGGCAGCGUCGACAUUGAGGGCGAGAGCGAGGACGAGCUGGAGGAAGAGGUUGAGGGCGAGGCUGUCGAUGACGAUGCAAUGGACGUUGACACCUCGGCCGACAAGCCUGCCAACUCGGCCAGCAAGGCCACGGAGGUCGCUUCCCACUAG